AAUUAAUGUCGCAGCAAGAAAAUGCCUUUAAAGUAAUGAUCGACUCUCUGAUUAAAUCUACUACAUCAAGAGUAGAUGGGUUGGUAAAAGAUUUAGCUGAAUUAAAAUACAGCUUAGAAUACUCGCAGAAAGAUAUAGCCUCACAACAGAAAGAACUUGAUAGAAAUCAAUUCGAGAUUCAAUCAAUGAGCAAUGAAAUAUCAAAUAUCAAGAUGUCCCUUGAUAAGUAUUCUACAAAGACAGUUGAUUUAGAAAACCGAAGUAGAAGAAACAACAUACGAGUAACCGGCAUUCCGGAGAAGCGAAGCGAAAC